CUGCACAGCCACUCACAGGAGCAGGAGCAUCUGCACGCGGAGGGGAAGCACACAGGACUCUUUUUUCAUUUUCCUUUUUUAACCAUCACUCCAGACAGGCUUAAUUAUUUUUUACAUCUGUAUUUUUUCCCCUCUUGCUUCAUUUUGAUCUCCUCCCCAAGCAUCCCCCACACUUCUUUUUUGUUGGAGUUUUUUGCUCAGACUUUUUGGAGAAUUUUUAUUUUAGCUAAGCCAGCACGAGACUGAAAGGACUGAGAGAAAGUGGCAGCUAAGAGAGACUGCAAAAUCAUCUCUUCCUGGGGUUCUCCGGCAGAGACAGAGUUGCACAUUAUUUUUACUGUGUUUUCACAUACUGCUCUCUAUCUAGCCAUAUACACGUGCAGAAGGAGAGAAGUACAUACAUUGAAACUCAAGCAGCCCAGCCAUGGGAGGAAGGGCUCAGCCUGAUCGGAAACAAUUACCGUUGGUCCUACUGAGAUUGCUUUGCCUUCUCCCUACAGGGCUGCCAGUCCGCAGCUUGGAUUUUACCCGAGGCACCGAUAACAUCACCGUGAGGCAGGGGGAUACGGCCAUCCUCAGAUGUUAUGUAGAAGACCGAAGCUCCAAAGUGGCCUGGUUAAACCGUUCUGGCAUCAUUUUUGCUGGACAGGAUAAGUGGUCCCUGGACCCUCGGGUAGAACUGGAAAAACGAACCCCUCUGGAAUACAGCCUCCGAAUCCAGAAAGUGGAUGUCUAUGAUGAGGGGUCCUAUACAUGCUCAGUGCAAACACAGCAUCACCCCAGGACUUCCCAGGUUUAUUUGAUUGUGCAAGUUCCACCAAAGAUCUCCAGUAUCUCCUCGGAUGUCACUGUGAAUGAGGGCAGCAAUGUGACCCUGGUGUGCAUGGCAAAUGGACGCCCCGAGCCUGUCAUCACCUGGAGACACCUCACCCCGACAGGCAGAGAAUUUGAAGGCGAGGAAGAGUACCUGGAGAUCCUAGGGAUCACGCGGGAGCAAUCUGGCAAGUACGAGUGCAAAGCCGCCAAUGAGGUUUCCUCGGCAGAUGUCAAGCAAGUCCGGGUCACUGUGAACUACCCUCCCACUAUCACUGAAUCGAAGAGCAAUGAAGCUGCCACGGGACGGCAAGCCUUACUCAAGUGUGAGGCAUCGGCAGUGCCCACGCCUGAUUUUGAGUGGUACAGAGAUGACACCAGGAUAAACAGUGCCAAUGGCCUGGAGAUCAAGAGCAUGGGGAGCCAGUCCCUUCUGAUGGUGGCCAAUGUCACUGAAGAACAUUAUGGCAACUACACCUGUGUGGCUGCCAACAAGCUGGGAGUCACAAAUGCCAGCCUAUACCUUUACAAGCGAGUUUUACCCACACUCCCCAACCCUUUUCCAGGACCUGGCACAGGGAGAGUAGACAACGGUUCAGUGAGUUUGGCCGUACCACUGUGGCUGCUGGCAGUGUCCCUGCUCUGCCUACUUAGCAAAUGUUAAUAAAAUCAGAAUAAAAUCAAAUUAAAAAACCCAACAACAGCAGCAACAAUAACAACACACAAAACAAAGCGCGUCAUACAGGAGACAGAGCGAGAAAAAGAAGGGGAGAGAGAGAGGACUGGUUCUUUCACAACUUUUGUGUGUUCAGGAGCAAAGGGGGGGAAUUACAGCGAAGACGAAUCAGCAACAUUUAUUCCGAAUUACGACAAGACAUCUGUCAAGCCAUCGACCACCCAAGAUGCGACGAGGAGCGCAGGAGAGAAGGAGGCACUGGGUGGGGACCGCGUUGUGCCAAAGACGCCAAGGUGUAAAAAAAACCCCCAACCAAUUAGAUUUCUUGUUUCCCCCUUCUUUCCUUAGUCCUCUUUCUUUCAUCUUCUGAAAGAGAAGGUCUUUGCUGUGAUGUUUAUAGCCACUUAACCCCUUGAUUUCCUUAGCCAUUUGGUGAGCUGACUCUCUGCCAGUUCAGACUUUUGGAAAGCAGUAAUCCAGACCCUUUCGCAUACUGGUGUCCCAUGAAGAAACCUCACACCUCCCCCCCCAUCCCUUGCACCCUCAUUGACCCCCUCUCUUACGCCCCUUCUCCUCUACUACCUCCCUCUCUGCCCUGAGCUCAAGCUAUGUUGACUAUGCUACAAACACACUGUUUUUAUUCUCUUCUUCUCCCCCUGUAUUUGGCUGGGUGUCUCUGUCUCCCGUGUGUGUGUGUGUCUGUGUGUAUGUCUCUCUCUCUCUAAAGCAUGCGAACAGAAUGGUCCAUAUGUACAUAAGCUCAUCAUGCUGUAGAUAAAGUUCUGCAUUGUAAGUGUGAGACAUGGUGCUGAGAGAUCACUUGGGCAGAUGUGGGGGGGUGGGGAGUGCAUCAGUUGUGGCACUGGUUCAGAUGGGCUCCUGUCCCACAGCUGGCUUUUGCCUUGACAGCCUCCUGGCCGUAUUGCUUGGAAGCGUCAAUCUCCAUACUUUUUUAACCCGUCCCUGAUCAACCCCACCCGGCUGGCACUCAAUUGUAAUGCAUCAGAAUAGUGGCUCCUGCUUUACCUCUGUGCUUGUGUGUAUGUCCAAACAGGUAGAAAAUCAAUGUGACUGACCCGUAGGACCAUAGAUGGCAGCAUUUCAAGAGCACUGUUCCAGUACCCACUCCUGGGGGGGGGCGUUGGGAAGAGAGGUUAUCAGUGAGAUAACCUGGGCUUCACUGAUCUUCUGCCCCUGUAGGUAUGGCGUGGCCAGUAAAUCUCUCUUACCAGAAAAGCCUCCAAGUGGUAAUUCAUAACCAUUCAGUAUUGCUAUAGAAAUGAAUUUUUUGUCCCUCUGACCUCCUUGUUACAAUCAAAGCAAACCUGUAAAUAUCUCACUCAGCCACUAUGAAAAUACCUAGAUGGAGCUUCUUUAAUUUUGUACUUUAAAGAAAACUCAAACUGGUUCAGAAAGUGGCCAGAACCUGGGACUGUAUUGUAAAAAAGCUGGGGCCAAAAUUCUUGACAUACAGGAAAGAAGAUUUGGGUGGUACAUUGAAGAGAGGUACAAGGGGGUAUGCAGUGGGGGGCUAUUUUGUUCACCAAUAUGUAACACAUCAAGGUUGCUAAGCUUGCUUCUAGAAAUCUUUGCCCUCUGGAUGGUCAGAGGAGGAGGUAGUUGAUGAAAGAAAUUCUAGUGACACCUGGUGGAGAAGAUGUGGUGAGUCUCAGAGUAGAUCAUUUGAAACAAGAGUUACUGAAAUGCUGCCUAUCUGCUGGAAUCUGCCAUUUCAGCAACAGGUCCUGCAGGAUAUGAUGUAAGCAAUGGGACACAUGCAAAUCUGAAGAGCCUCACAUAUCCCAUUGACUGUGCUGGUCAUCCGUGAAAGGGGACAGCUGGGUUAUGCACCAGUGUUUUGUCUCUGGCAACCUGUGUCUAAAUGCACCUAGGGUCACAAGUGCCAUGAUCUGGGUGUCCACAGCAGAGGAGAUGUUGGGACUGCCAGUCCCUUCUCUUUCUCAGCAGAGCCUCUGGAACUGGCUUAGCAGUGGUGCUGUGGGUCAGGAUUUAGGAGCUACGCACGGGCCUUCACUGUGUCCUACUCCUAAGCAGUUUCCUAAGCAGUAAAAAUUCCCUUCUUUCCACCCCAUCCCUCCACAAAUAAGUACAAUUUAGCUCUGCCUGGAAUUUGCUGUAAAAACUUAUGGGAAGUAGGGCGGAAAUCUCUCUGGCUUGAGCAGGCUUAAGAAAGGGGAGACUGAUCACCAGAAAGCAAUGAGUUAAUUCUGUUAUGUGUUUCAAUCCUUCCCUUUACUCAGCUAAGAUGAAAUUUGUAAGAGGAGGCUCCUUAUAAUUCAGUGCCGGCUCAGCGGCAGCGCUCGCCUUGAUCAAGCAGCUCAACAGCACUGCCUCUUUUCUGCUGAGCAAGGCAGUUUUGGGGCAGAGACAGGCAAUCAAUUAAAGAGGCAGCAAGGCUUCUCACAGCCCACCAGGACUUGCAGAUAAAUAUUAGUCUUUGAGUGUCUUUUAAGGGAGGAGAGCAGAGAAACAGGCCUGCAGGAUGUCACCAGUCAAGGGAAGGGGAUUUUCCCCCAUCCCUCAAAGUACAUGCUUAGCUCAAGGUGGGCUCUUCUGUAAUUUUCCCUCAGUGUUUUGGGAUGUUGGAGAAUAAUCCCCACAAAAAUCACACCCCAGAAUGUGUGUGUGUGUGUGCGCGCCUUGAUAACAGAUAUGACAUCAUCACUGCUUGGGAGGGGUUGGCAAUUGGGCAUUGAAACCUCUCUCGGUGGGACUAGAUCCAGUGAGGCCAGAAAAUGAGGCACAGACCUUCAGAAGUAUGUAGGUGCUGGGCUCUUGUUGAACACACUGGGCAUUAGGCACCUAAAUACCUUUGAGAAUCUGGGCCUUAGCCUGUAGGUGACCUACUGACCAUGAGCCCUGCAGAGUCUCUUAGGACAGGAGCCCUCUAGCCUCUGCUGGUGAUUCUUUCUGAGUCUGAUGGGUCUUGCUGUAGGGAGGAGAGUGAGUGUACAAGUCCAGUAGCAGAUAUUGCACUUGGGGGAUGGACUGUGCACCCUCUCCCACAUACUGGUUCAUAGGUUUGUUAUUGUAGGGUUGCUCAGAGGUGGUGGGCUGCCUGCACUGAUUCAUUACUGCAGGGAGCCUGUCAAGGGUUGUUUAUGAGGACUGGGCUGAACGCAUUGUUUCAUCAGUGUAGGUUAGCUCAGGGGUGCUGAGCUGUACACACUGGUUUGUUUUUGUAGGGUCACUGAUGAGUGCGGAGCAGUACAUAUCGCUGUGUUAUUGUAGGGUUGUUCAUGAGCACUAGGCGGCACACAGUGGUUUGUUAUCGUAUGAUUCCUCACAAGUAGUGAGCUACUGGCAGUGAAUUGUUUUAAAUAUUUUUAGAAAAAAGAGCACUGAAGCUUUUGUUUGGCGGGGAACCCCCCCCUCACCACCACCAACUACAACAACAAUCCCAGACUUUUGGAACAGAAAAAGACAAAGAUGGGUGGGAGGACCCAUUCUGUCUAGUGGUUAGGGCUGAGGUCUACCAGUUAGGACUCCUGGGUUCUACUCCUGACUGUGCCCCUGACUCUUCGAGCAAGUCUGUGCCUCAGUUUCUCCUCUGUAAAAUGUGGAUAAUGAGAUUCACUCACCAAUACAGCUGCUGAAAGGCAUGACAGUGGCAUUAGAACAGUGUGUAUAGUGGGGGUGCUGAGAGCCAUUGAACCAAACUGUAAACCCUGGAUAUGAUGGAAACUACUUCAAGUCUGGGGGAUACCACUGUACCCCCAGCACCCCUGGGCAUGAUGCAAGUGCACAGUAUUACAGUUAUUCUGUUCUGGGAUCUCCAUUCUUGGCAGUGUCUGUUCCUUUAACUUGAGAGCUGGGGUGGGGAAAUAUUUAUUUAAUGUUUUUAAUGGACCCAAUCCUGUGAGCUACUGAGCAUCUCCUGAGAGGUCCUGAGCACCCUCCAUUUCCAUUGAAGUCAAUGAGGGUUGCACAUCACCUCCCAAGACCAGGGCCAUAAUGAAGAUGGGAAAAGGCAUUUUCCUUGAUCAUUUCUUCAUCCCUGUGGAUAAUUACAUUGAAAAGACAUAUCCUCCAGUGCAGAGCCUUUGUUCUUAGGCAUCCACAAUGGUCCUGCUUCUUUGGCCCCCCCUCUCCCCCUCUUCAAAAUUCACUCGUUUGCUGCUCUACCCCUCAGUGGGAUUUGGAAUGGGACACCAGUUCCUUGAGAGUGUAGGUGUAAUUGUGUUUGAUUGAUGGAGGUUUAACAUUUAGUGUUAUUAAAAAAAAAGAUUGUAUUUCUUCUACAAGUUUGUAAAUAUACGAUAGUGACAUGAGAUGUCCAAUAAUGUCCAAGCAAAGAAACAAACACUUAGAUUUAAUAUGUGGCCCCUUACUUGCUAGCAGAUAUUUAACCCUUUUCAGGUUACUAGUGGGUGGGGUGGGGGGCAACUUUCUGAAAGGAAAUGAACCGUGUGAACGUAGCCCUCUAGGACGACCUGAAUGCCAUACAUGAUUGCAGCGUGUUGUUUGUAUGUGUCUGGCUGGGUGAAAAAUGAAGCGAUGCAUGGCUGUGAAAUGCUGGGAAGGUGGGUAUCAAAAUCCCCAGGUAACGCAUGUAUCUCAGCAUUAUGAUCCUUUUCUAGACCACGACUUGCGGACACGUAGAGCAGCAAUGCAAACCCUUGCUUUCUCCACCAGCAAAGUUGUGUAGACCAUGGUUAUCAUCAGGGUCAUGUUAACAGUGACAUUAACAAGGUUUUUUUUGUUGUUGUUUACAUGCUUUGUGUAAACUGAUUUACAGCCUCAGUUUACACCCCUUUACAUAGCAUUUACUGUUCAGGAACCAUGGACAAAUCUCCAAUUUUCUCCCAUGCCAGACCAAGAGUCAAUCACACUAUGCUCAGAAGUCCACCCACCCCUAUUUCAGUGCUCAGAUUGGACUUCAGAUACAGGUGCAUCUAUUCAAUGAACCUAGGUACCUUUCUGAGCAUCCAAUUAAGGUGCCAUUGUUUCAAAAUUGAGCCCAUGGCAUUAACUUUGUAAACUUCAUCUUUCACACAUUUUCCAGGCCAUGUAGAAGUAGCAUGUCUGGAAGGAAAUUUGGGGCAACGACCGAGGAUUCAUGGGAAUUUGGGGGAGUGGAGCUUGGGAGCAUUUAACCUCACUCUCAGCCUUUCCACAAGAAGACAUUUCGGUCAGGUCUUCACAUAUUGCUUAUUGCCUUCACUUCAUCUUAUGAGGGAAUCCAGGUGUGUAGUGAGGAAGUGUUUCCUCUCCCAAGUCUAAUAGUACAAUCCAUGUCCUCUGCUCUGACCCCACUGAUCCAUGGCCAAAAUCUUCAUGGUGCUUGACAUCACACAGCAAAUCGCAUCAAAUGGUGCCAUGGAAUACAGUCUUGGGGAGGUGAGGCAGAGCUGGAAGUUCUAAGUCUUCCUCCUGAAGGUGGCAAAAGCUUAUUUCAUUUUUGACAAGUGCACAGAAAAGACUGUGAAAAGAGGCCCCUCACAUGAGGAGCAGAGUGGAGGGGGCGGGAAGAGAGAAUUAAACUAGGAGAUGGUCUCCCAGGCUAUGUCAUUGAUAAAAAAGUUAGGGCCAUAUGCUGUUCGCAAUCCAUGCACAGAAUUCCCAGCCACAUCAACGAGGAAGACUAUUGGCUCUCAGUAUGGUCUCAAAGUGGGUAUAUUUCCAGUGUGGUGCCUGGGAAAGUUAGGGAGUUCGACAUUAAGGGAUGUGUCCAACUGUUGAACCAUCCUCUUGUUCCCCUCUAUGUAACAUGCCCCUUUCCCACCUACAUCUUACAGUGUGACACCUCAGCAUGGUUUCUAUGGGGGUUGUUUCCCCAAAGACCAAACCUCAGGUGUUCACUUGUUUUCCAAUCUCCCUAUCUCAGCAGGGAGGAAAUCAGCUUGGUAAGGAUGCCAGCAAGUUCCUCUAUCCAGGCAUGGCUUGGGGAGGCCCAUGUAUAGUAAGCCAGCCACCCUGAGAAGAGCAAGGAAAAGAGGACAGCUCCUCUAAAUAAGCCCAGGAAAUGGAAGGUAAAGGGCUCUUACCUCACUGCAGGUUCAGCUUAGCUAGUGCCACCAAAAGGUCCUGCAAACCUUUAAGGAGUACAUGAGACAGUAGAGGAAGGGAGAGUGUCUCACCAGUCAGGAGGAUAGGCUUGCAGAGCUGGUGGUAGGGCUGACUUCAUGGCAAGGUUGUUUGGGGAGCACAUUAGUGGGCAAAGAUCCUAUCCAACAAAGGAAGUCUCCAGGCGGGGCAGGGAACUACCUCUCCCCGAUUUGUGUAUAUCUUCAGCUCACUUUGUGAGCCCCGUGGGGAACGUGCGUUGUGAUACCCUAACUGGGGCCCCAUCCAUCAACAUCUCAGCGUAUCUGUGAGAACAGAGGGAUUGAACUGAGCCCUGCUAUCUAUCCUCGGUCAACCCCUUUACUUCCUGCUCAGAAUGUCUAGUACCUCCUAUGGAAUGUGAGUAUGUGCAUGUGUCUACAUAUAGAUAUAGUACUCGCAGGCCACAAGGAAACUAUCAACAAGGAGAGAACUUCCCAGCUGGGGAGUGUCUUCCAGCUCUGAAGUUAUUUCAUUUGCUCCCUCUUUCAGUCACACAGAUACUUAUCCCUCCCGAUACCCCUACAAUACACACAUGCCACUCUCCUCCACAAAUCCCUCACACAGCCAUCACACCACUCUCCUUUCCUAGACCCCGCCCCCCAGUGACACAUGCAAAAUGACACAUACGUCUCAAUUUGCUUUUAGCAGUUUGUCUAUAGAAAGCCAUCAGCUGCAUGGUUUGUGGUGAAUUUCUACAAACAAGGAAAGGGCAUGGGGGGAGGGGAGAGUAAAAAUUGCCUUCACACCAGCUCCAAACCGUUCCAUUUCCUCAGCUGGAGCUAAGUUUCAUCCUCCAGGCCUUAGGGAGGAGGUCCAGUGUCCCUUCUUGCUACACAGUGGGGUGGUUAGAACUUUUCUCAUUAACAGUGUUAUAUACAUAUAAAUAUAUAUAUAUAUAUAUAUCUUUAUAUAUAUUUUUCCCCAGCACCGUAGACAUGAGCUGAACUUCUCUUUAAUGAAACAAGAACACGGCCAUUUUAUUUUUUGCCAUUGGUUUGUUUUCGGAUACUAGCUCUGUGGAAGAAAAUUUUAAAUGCGCAAGUAUGUGUGUGUGAAAAAAAAAGGAAGGGAAAAAAAAACCCCAAACCUGACACCAACAAAAA